AUGCGCCGUAGCCAUUUGGGCAAACAGGCACAGACAAAGGGCCAGGCCACUUUUAGACUUACCAUGGCCCAACCAGGGCAGAAGCGCUUGGUCGACCGAGCCUACCGCUGGUUGGACAGUUUCCACAACGUGGAGCCGGAGCGUGCGCCAUCGAAGAUCGGCUGUGCCUUGACGCUGCUGCUGAUGCCUGUCGUUCUUGUCUACGUCGUCGUGUGGGUGAUCCAGCAUGAAGCGCAGCCUCCGGUGGAAAGCAUGGUGAUCGACUGGUCAAUUUUAAGGGGCCCUUUCCCGAUGAAGGUUCAGUGUGAGCAGGCCAGCUGCUGGAUGUGGAUAUCAGGGUGCACGAGCGGCAGCUCUGAUCAAUGCGUUGCCCUAUCCAGUGGAGAGGAGAGAACCGUAGAGAUGUGCUACGCCAUCGGCGCCAGACACGGCAUGCACAUGUGGUGGAGCUCCCCAAACAGCACUGACCCGGCUGCUGCGGGAGUCAAGAUCGUCUCCGAAGCGCUGAACGCAGAGACGUCCCAACUCGUUGAGCCUGGCAGGUCCUCAAUGACAUAUGUCAGGACGCACGACACCACAGAGCAAGAGGGAAGCUACAAACAUCUUCGAAACGAGUGGUUCGUGAGCUACCUGUCCUCGGAGGCUCUGGAACCUUCACACCAGGGCUGUCGAAACCUUGUCACGGCCAAUGCCAACAUGGCACAGGUGGUCAUGCGCCCCGAGUUCUACGACAAAAAGAUCGAGAAGAUGGACUUGUGGGUUUCCGUGAUCGGUGAGGCAGGUGGUGCUUUCGGGCUGUUUCAGACUGGCUUCUUCGCGUUGUACCUGCUCCUCUGGUACUUGCAGGAUGCCCAGAAACCGAAGGACGGUGUAGCGACGACCGGUGUCUCAGACAUGCACCGCAAGGCAACAGACGCCUUCUCUCAAGACGUCGAGAGAGCAAUCAUCUGA